AUGUUUCAUAAAUUUACAAAAGUACCGAAAUCAUAUAACUUUUAUAAACUUCCAACAAUUAACAAUAUUUUUAAAACUUCAUACAUUAAAAAUUUUCAAUGUAUUCCAAAUAAAAUCAAACAAUUAAAUAAAAUUCAAGCAUAUGCAACCAAAACUAUUCAGGUACCCCAAAUGGCAGAAUCAAUAACAGAAGGAACACUAAAACAGUGGAAUAAAAAAAUUGGUGAUUUUGUAAAUCAAGAUGACGAAAUUGCAACAAUAGAGACAGAUAAAAUUGAUGUCACAGUCAAUUCACCUGUUUCAGGAAUUUUAAAAGAAAUUUUAAAACACGAAGAAGAUAUUAUACAAGCCGGUCAAGACAUGUGUAUAAUUGAAUUAAGUAACGAACAACCAAAAAAUUAUAAGUCUAUUCAAAAUAUUGAAAAUACAGAAACUAUUUCUGUAUUAAAAGAAUCUCAAUCUAGCAAGAAUUAUAAACCUUCGGAAAUGGAACUCAAAAAAGAUAUAACAAAACAAGAAAACAUCCAAGCAAAGGAUGUUAAUCAAUUUAUACCUAUUUCUGAAAAAUCAGAAUUUAAUUCAUUUAAUACAUUUAAAACAUCUCAAAACAAUAGACAAGAACACAUUGUAAAAAUGAGUCGAAUGAGAUCACGUAUUGCAUCUCGACUCAAAGAAUCUCAAAAUACUACUGCUUUUUUAACAACUUUCAAUGAAGCAGAUAUGUCAAGUAUAAUUGAAAUGAGGUCUUUAUAUAAAGAUGAAAUUCUUAAAGAAACAGGCAUAAAAUUAGGAUUCAUGAGUGCAUUUAUCAAAGCAUCUAUUGCUGCAUUAAAAAAGGUCCCUGUCAUAAAUGCAUCUAUUACUGGAUCGAAUGGGGGAGAUAAAAUUGUUUAUAGAGAUUAUGUAGAUGUCAGUGUAGCUGUAGCUACACCUAAAGGACUAAUUACACCAGUAAUCCGCAAUGCUGAAACACUAAGUUUUAUAGAAAUUGAAAAAACAAUAUCAGAAUUAUCUUCGAAGGCUCGCGAAAAUAAGCUUACUAUAGAAGAUACGGUUGGAGGGACUUUUACUAUAUCUAAUGGAGGUGUUUUUGGAUCAAUGUUAAGUACACCAAUUAUAAAUCUUCCACAAACAGCCGUUUUAGGCUUACAUGCUAUCAAAGAUAGAGCUGUAGUAAUAAAUGGUCAAAUAGUUAUUCGCCCUAUAAUGUAUUUGGCUUUAACAUAUGAUCACCGUCUUGUAGAUGGACGUGAAUCUGUCACAUUUUUACGUCUACUUAAAGAAUAUAUAGAAGACCCUAGAAAACUUUUAUUAUAA